AUGGAGCACUUUUCGUCCGAAAUAUCCAACAUUUGUCGAUUUUGCUUGAGUCAGAACGAGAAACUUCUCAUUCCAGUUAGUAAAGCGUUAAAUGCUUCACUCGAAUUGGAAGAUGUAGAGCGGUUUACCGGUAUUCAGAUUAAACCAGAAAAUGCCUCGCUGUACGUGAUGUGUUUCGAUUGUACGCGCAAGCUGAAAAAGUCUGCUGAGUAUCGAGAGUCAUGCAGAAGUAACGAUAUACUGUUUCAAGAGCUGUUCGUUAAAGUAGAAUACGAUGAAUCCUGCGAAGAUUACGAGCGCGCUCGCUGUUCCAAGGAGGAAACGUUUGCGAUUGAAUUGGUGCUUCCAUACAACCAGUCUAUCGAAGAGAAACAGCCGGAAGAGCAAAGGGAUGACAUCAGUGGAAAUUCAUCGAACGAAGAGGACGAUCCAACAGACAUGCUGCAGCAGCGCGUAAAUUUGAAAGUAGAAAAAUAUGAAACAGUUGAUACGUGUUUCAGUGACGAUGAAGCGGAUGCUGGGGAUGCUGGGGACUCAUCACCCGUACAUACUGCCGGAAGAAAUCCAGUCCGGCACGUUUCCAAACGGAUACGUAAAAUGAGUGAACCCGCUUCGAACCUCGCGAAAAAUAGUCGCGCAAAGCAGCUUUGCGUCACCUGUGGCAAGUUGGUGAACAAUUUAGCUCGUCAUCAGCAAAGUCAUACGAUGGAAAUCAAACGUGCCUGUCCGCACUGUCCGGUGGAGAUGGUUGAUCACUCCAACCUUCUGCGACACAUAGAAGCGGUACAUCUGAAAAAGAUAGUGAAAUCUUGCGAAAAAUGCGGAAAAGGGUUUACACACAACAAUACGUACAAAUCGCACAUGCGUUCGCAACAUGGUAUUGGAGAAACACACAAGUGCACAUAUUGCCAGAAGGAAUUCAAUCAUCCGGGAGGAUUGCGGGACCAUUGCAAAAGAUUCCACAGCACCCAGUACAACUUCGACUGUGCGACAUGCGGGAAACGAUUUAAGCUCAAACAAGAGCUACGAGUACACGAGAGGGUUCACUCGUCGGAAAAGCCUUACGCAUGCAGCUUGUGUCCAAAACGAUUCAAGAGUGGCUUCGCCAAGAAAACGCACGAACUUACACAUAGUGGGAUCAGUUUUGAGUGUACUAUCUGCAAAAAAUCGUACCGCUACAAAUCGCUUCUCAGUAUGCACAACAGAAAAAUGCACCCAGAACAACAGAAUGCGGAAUCGGGUGCACAAGCUACCCAGGAUGCGAAACCGAACGACAUUGUGUACAAAGUUUUUAGCAAAGAAUAGGAAUGUUUGUUGUUUUGGGGGGAUAUAAAGAUAUAAAAGAAUCAGGAAUCAUAGAAUUAUAAAUAAAGUCCAGACAGACGGGCCUAGGUAGGUUAACAAAUUUGAUGCUGUUUGACGAGAUUACUGAUUAAGUAAAUUUUAAUCCUCGAUUCCACGUCCAUUAAAAAGGGUUAGCAGAUAUCAUUUAAUUCUUUUUCUAAAUACCUUAGUGUUGCGUGCUGAACGGCUUGGUUUAUGACAAAUUAUAUUUUGUCUUCUGGUAGCAUAGAACGUUCCGAUGCACGAUCGAUGUAUUCAAUAAAAUGCAUUGAGCAUAAGGUUAGUGCAGCCAUAUGUGGGCACGAGUAGACAUCGGAUCAACCGAUAGUUCAAGCGCUUCGUUUGACUAGGACCAACGCGUACACAACCAGCAUUAUCGGACGCACAGCCACCACUAACACUCCACUCCAACACAAGUCAAGGAACAAGCAUUGACUAGAACCCCAUUCGAACAGAAGCCCAAAUCUAUUCCGUUUACGGUUGAAUUAAAGACUCCAAUUCGGUUUACCGUCAACAAUUUCAUGUCGUCAAAGAGCUUCAUUGUCGCUGACUGAUUGACCCUUCAAAAAGAGAAAAUAAUUUGACAAUUAAGACGAUCGGCAGGAUGCCCCCAUGACUGCGUUCUGCGUGUGUGAUAACGUUCGAUCUCGUGUGCGUGGCCGAGCGGCCCGUGUAAGGGCUAUUGCUAUGAGUGGGACGGUCAAACCUCCUGCUUAACGUGCGAAAGUGAAACAUUAACAACAUACAGCGGCGGAUCAAACGGUAGGCGGAGUAGGCGGUCGCCUAGGGCCUCGCCGUGAAGGGGGCCACAAAAAAAUUGUGUCUAUUGUGCGAUUUUUGAAUAUUUUACAGCAGAGUUAAUUUAUAGCAAAAAAAUUAAUUUAAAAGGUAAAAAUUGGUCAAAAAUAUCUUCCUUGGUUAUAUAAAACAUUAGUUUCUAUGUGAUAAAUUAAAUGCAGAGAAGAAUAUCGACUUUGUGACUUUAAAAUAUGAACGAAAUUGCACCAGGAUUUCCGAAUGUAUAGUACCAGAAUAUGUCUAUCAUGAA